GCAAUUUCACCCACCCUACAUCAACAUAUUGGACGACAAACAAAGCGCCAGAACCAUUCGGUGCAGUAUAAACUUUCAACUAUGGCUCGGACCCGUAGUAUUUCCAAUGAUCGCGCGGUUGGUCGUCGUGCGCGAGACUCGAUGCACUGGAAUCGCUACUCGCAUUCGCCUAUCGGUUCCUCGCAAAGAACAGAGACAGAACCACAAACGUCUGUUAGGCGUGUGAAGUCUGCUUCUCCAGGCCCAGCAUUGAUUACGGGAAGAACUCAGCGGAAAAGCAACGGAACAACACCUGUAUUACCGACACCGUCACAACGCAGCCGGGUGUGGAAGAACGGGGUUGUUAAACAGAGGGCAAGGUCAAGGUCGCAGAGAGGACGCUCCAAAGAUGGUGAUGAUGUUUCCGGGCCAUCAAGGGAUGGAUCUAUGGUUCCCGCCCAAGCGCAUGAGGCUCAAGAGGGAGACAAAAUCUCACGAGCUCUUCCUGAUCUCCCCGAAGACGACGUGAUUAGCUUCGCUAGUUUCCUAGAUACACCGCGUUCUUCCAUUAUGAGUAGGCGUUCUGGAUCCCCGCCAAAUGGUCCCAUCGCCUUACAGACCCCCGGACCGAAAAAGUCGUCAACCCAGCGGGAGUUGGAGGCAAUGGAUACAGAAUUGGUGCUCGAAUCGACCUCAGAACUUGACAGAAAUGCCCAGAGGCUACUUGAUCUUCUGAUUCUAAAUCCACCCGAGGGAGAUAUGUUGGUUAGUACGCAUACAAAAGACUCGAAGGUCUCAAAGCGACUAAGAGUUUAUUGGCUGGCUUUUGGUGCUUCGAAAAUAGUCUUUGGUACAUCGCAUUUUCUUGACGUUGGCACUGUGGAGAUGGCGUUGGGGGGGGGGGGUUAUACUCCUGUUAUCUACAGGGCCAACUUGGCUAUUCUGGCCAACUUUAUAUACACCGCAAAUGAGGAAGAUGAUACCACUUUUCAAGAGUUGAAAAGCAUCGAGAGAUAUUUUCCGACCCAGGUAGGAGGUAUUAUUGAUGAUCAGAGCCUUCAAUUUGCCCUCGACCUAAGGACACAGACGGUUAUCCGCGGCAUGUUAUCGGUUCAGGAAGACUCUCUUGAGCCAAAUAUGUUUCUGAAACAUUUCUUUAUGGAAAGAGUUCUAGCGAGCGAGGCUAAUGAUGGAAAACCGGAGUACAAAUGCAAGCCUUGGCUGGGUUCACGCGAUGUUGAUGAAUGGGAGGGGGUAAUCAUCGAGAGAAUCCGCAGUAUCCGAUCAACGUUCCGUUUCGAGGGGGGUCAGAACGACGGCGAAGAGUCUCACAAGGGUCGUGUUCAAGUUGACUUCGAAAAGCUAACGGCUCUGUUUCCUUGGAAAGGGUUUGUGGGUCAGGCGACGGAAUUUAUCAAGGGGCAACUGAUCAAGCUUGAUGAUUCUAACAUGGGUGCCUGUAAAGAACAGGGUUCGAGUGCCAACAAGAAGAUUGUGGAUGAGUCUCAGCAGCAAGUGGAAGUCAGCCUUGAGAACAGGGACUCUUUCGAUCAAGAUACAUCACAAAUAUCGACUGAGGUGGAUAAAGUAGAGUAUUCGGGGUUAUCAAAUUUUGAGGAUCAAACAGUUGACAACCAGAAUCCUGAUUCUCAACCAGAGCCUUCUUCUCAGUUUGUUGGCGGUGGAUCACAGCUUAAUGUCCGUGCUGCUAAAUUAGUCAAAAGGGAUUUACUAGCUAGGGAAGCUCUGUCGAAAGGGGUUCGGGCGAACUCCAUAGCCUCCUCCAUUGUCUCGAACCCCGAGUCAAUUGCCACUACUGUUGCUCAAGUAAACGCAAUUAAGAAGCGCAAACGGAAGUCGGAAAUCAUGGAAAUAACAAACAGGCAGGAGGAUGGGGAGGCCCAAAGCACGACUCCCGGAUAUGCGGUUUCUGAAACAGUUGUGAACAGUUUGGCCCAGAUGAAGCAUCUGAAAGGAGCGAAAAAACUACUCGUUCAACAAAAACAAUCGGUUCCAGCCCCCUUACCGCUUGCACUGGGGAGACAGGAGCUGUCUGGAGAUCCGGAUGACCUGCUAUCGACGAAUCAGGAAGGUGGUUGCGAGUUCACACAGGUCAGUGAGGGUGAUCGGGAUGAGAGCGAUGGAGAAAGCAGCGAUGAUCCAGGCUAUCGAGCAUUUUCCGAGCUUCGUAGGGAGCAGGACAAGGAAAAUAAGAAACGGAUGACUCCAGUACCGCUUCCUUCCCCGCGUCGUAGGAAAAGACUAAAGCGCUUCCUCGAUCCGCAAGAGGGAGCAAUGAGGGGAAGUCCAAUUGAUGAAGAAGGUGUUGUGAUUUUGACCCCGCCCAUUAGAUCAGACAAGAGUAGGGGUAAUCGAAUCCGUCGCACCCUGGGUCCGGGUGAGGAGGAGCAAGAAGAUGAGGAUGGUGAUGAAAGUGAGGAGGAGCAAGAAGACGAGGGUGGUGAUGAAAGUGAGGAGCAAGAAGAUGAGGACGAGGAUGGAAGCGAGUUUGUGCCUGAUCCAAGGGAUGUCAGGGAAGAUAACGUGAAUAGGAGCCGGAGGCAUUUGCCAUCGGGCUUUAGAAAUGGCUCCGUGUCCUCAUCAGACUCGGCUAAUUCACCACAAAGUGUCGCUGUGGUCAUAGAUAAUCGCCUUUCCGCCAAUCCGCUAGCCCGGAGAGGCAGUAGCUCUAAUGUAGCUCUGGUUCCUGCCAAUCCCUCGCAUCGAAGCCAACGAAACCCCUCAGAGGAAGCUGAGGGCUCGCAGGCUGGUCCUUUGGACAGAAGAUUUGAUGAAUAUAGCCAUAGGAGCUUGCAACAAGUUUCUAGGAUCAACAGGUUAGCCAAGAUAAACCGUGCGGCAGUACACACCCAACGGAGGUCAACAACCUUUUGGACUGAAGAAGGCACAAAGGCGUUGAUGCAGGCAAUCCAUGAGUACGGCCCGUCGUGGGCCGUAAUCAGGGAUGUGAGUUCCUAUCCUUAUUCUCCUGUUGUUGAACACUGA